UCUUCCUCCACCUCCACAACCACCACCGUACAUCGAUUGAUUUUUCUUGGUCGGGAGGCAGUCGCCCAACGCCGCGUUAAACCCUGACAGACUCACUCAUGCCGUCGUCACCAAGUUAUUCUGGCUUGCUACAGUGAAUCUUCCCUACCGAGUACUGGGUUUUUACGUUUUCGCCAUCAGACGUGCAUCUAUUCCCUAUUCAAUGUCUCCAUCUCGUUACCUACGCCGCGCAUAAACCAGGAAUGCCCUUAUUCGUCGAAGACAUAGACCCUCCUUCUUUAGUGUGUCAAUAUGUCUAUACUCGUGAGGCCACCAAAACGUAAAUUAUCCGAAAUCGAAGGGCUUGAGGAUAGGAAUGGACUAUCAGACAGUGGUCGCUACCGACCUGCUACCCCCAAUACACACCUGGUAUCGGAACUGAAUUCUGGAAAAGAUGUUGGACACCCGAUCAUUUCUGCCUACCCUCUGGUAGAGCCGGCAGAGACUACUAGAGAGUCGUCGUCGCGUGAGCUUAACUCCAGCAGGGCGUCACCUGUAUCCUUCGAGGGUCCCUUCCAGGUACAGAGGAGAUUCGCUCCAAAUGUUUCCAUAGUGCUAGUUGGAAUUCGCGGCACGGGUAAAUCUAGUCUUGCGGUCAUCCUGGCAGCAACUUCCGGAAGACGAUUAAUUGAUGCGGAUCGCUAUUUCCAGCAAAUAACAGGACGCUCACGUUCCGCUUUCAAGAAGGAACAUGGAAUUACCGAGUAUCGUCAACAGGAAGCUAGAGUCAUGGAAUCAAUGCUAUCGGAACAUAAAGAAGGGUGGGUCAUCGCUUGCGGGCCAGGCUCCAUGGAGCGCAGUGGGCAAAUGCUCCUCAGGGAAUAUGCAAAGACGCAUCCUGUCAUCCAUAUCAUUCGAGAUCCAGAAAGUAUUCAAGCAUAUCUACAAGCUUUGGAUACAGAUAAAAUUCGCCGCUUUCUCGAGCUUUCUGGUCCUAUCUAUCGCGCGUGUUCAAACCUUGAGUUCUUCAAUGUCUCGGAAACCGGCCAUGGAGAUCUGACAUCAGGGGAAAACGGUCAGCAUCAUUCACAGCUUGAGCUUGAAGUAGAUCAGCGCUCUCAAACAUUCACGCCCUUUCUGACCCUUAAACGGUUGCAACGUGAUUUUGUUCGUUUCAUUGCUUUCGCCACAGGAGAUGCUACCGAUCUGAGUAAUCAGCAUGCAUCGUUCCCACUCUCCACGCAACCCGUCCAAACGCGGACCUUUACUUACGCUGUAUCUGUACCUAUAUCCACUCUCUUUACAAGGAAUCUCAAUAUUGAAGAUCUGGAAUCAACUGCAGAUGCCUUCGAGCUAAAGGUCGAUGUGACAGAGGGCCCUUCCUCUCGUUUAGGGCUCGAGUCUACCCUUGCGGAUAGGAUUAGUCAAACUAUGGCUACCAUUCGGCGAAACAUUGUUGUCCCUCUGAUAUACCAUGUUGAAAGUGAUGUAGGCCUGGUUGGCUCAGCAUCACCGCAUAACGAGCCGUUACACCGUUCGAGUACCGCGUAUUUAAAUUUGAUGCACCAUGGCUUACGAUUGGCUCCUGAUUUCAUAACGGUUGACCUGUCUUAUGAUGACGGUGUUUUAUCGCAAAUCAUCACUUCAAAAGGGUCAAGCAAGGUUAUUGGGCAUUUCGCUUCUGUCCAAUAUGUUGAGCAAGGCUGGGAAGCUCCUGUCUACCUAGAGCUGUACGAACGCGCCAAAAGACUCGGAUGCGAUAUAGUUCGAUUGACACAGCCGGCAUUGUCAAUGGACGAUAACCACGCUGUCCAACGCUUCCGUCAUCGUAUCAAAGCUCUCCCUGGCCCACAAUUGCCUCUUAUAGCCUACAAUUCAGGCUCGCUGGGUCGCCUGUCUUGCUGUUUUAACCCGAUCUUGACCCCCGUAAUUAAUGAGGCACUGCUCUCUGAGACCCAAGCGAAGAACCUGCCUUGCAUCACGUUACGUGAGGCACAGGAAGCACUCUAUGCCUCCUUCGCUCUGGACCCGAUGCAGUUUUUCGUUUUCGGUGCCAAUGUAACCUACAGUUUGUCUCCAGCUAUGCACAAUGCGGCGUAUAAGACAUGUGGGAUGCCGCACGUAUACAGUCUUCACCAGUCACCAUCUCUGCGAGGCCUGAACGAGUUGGUAGCAAACCCCAACUUCGGUGGAACAAGUGUCAGUCUGCCUUACAAGACAGAAGCUAUCCCACUCCUUCAUUCAAUGUCCCCUCAUGCCCGAGCAAUCGGGGCCGUUAAUACGCUGAUACCAAUCCGGGAUUUAGAGGAUUCCGCUCUUGUUUCCGAAGGCUCCUCCUUGUAUUUGGAGAAAAGUCGGGCAGGGCCGAUAAAAGGCUUACAUGGAGACAACACUGAUUGGAUUGGCAUCUGCAAUUGCCUUCGACGGGGGCUUUCGCCUGCCAACGCGAUUCGCCCGUCAUCUACUGGCCUGGUUAUUGGUUCAGGCGGUAUGGCUCGAGCUGCCGUGUACUCUAUGAUCCACUUGGGUGUGCAGAACAUAUUCGUAUGGAACCGUACUUUUGCCAAUGCCGAGAAGUUAGCAUACCAUUACAAUCGACAAAAUCUCCCUACGCAUAGCAACAACGCGCCAACGACUCACUCGACCGUCCAUGUUCUACGCUCACUACAAGAGAGUUGGCCUACUAACUAUAACCCACCAACCGUGAUAUGUUCAUGCAUACCAGCGCACAGCAUCGGGGGUCAGCCGGCCCCCAACUUUAGGAUACCCUCUCAGUGGCUUGGAAGCCCUACCGGUGGUGUUGUGGUCGAGCUGGCUUAUAAGCCGCUCGAUACCCCAUUGGUAAAACAAAUGCGAGCUCUUUCUCACCGCGGCUGGGUUGCGUUGGACGGCCUUGAUGUCCUUCCAGAGCAAGGGUUCGCCCAAUUCGAGCUUUUCACGGGGCGUCGCGCCCCUCGGCGCCUAAUGCGGACUAUUGUACUCCAAGAAUAUAAGGCGGAGGAAGGACAAGAUGACCAGAAUGCAAUUCAAAGCAGGCUUGAAAGCUUGGAUGGACAGCCUACCUGAGACCAUCCUGGUUAAACCCAGUCCCGAUGUCAGAUUACUGGGGCUGUGGGGGACAAGACAGUGCUGCACGCCUAAGUUACAAAGCGGCCAUGUUGCCGGUUACACUCCGUCGUCAGCCGCCUCCGUUUGCGGCUAGUUUCCAUUGUUCCUGAAGAACAGAGUCGGAUACUGAUCGGGGUUCUUGCGACAACCUUGAAAAGAGCAAGCUCUUCUCUAAAUACAGCUGCGCAAAAGUACGUCCUAUGAAAAGGGCGUAAGGCUUUCCACCCAGCAACAUCUACCGCUACCCGGUGUGGAGCGAGGGAUGUCAUGCUCCAGUAUUCUAGUCCUGGACUCGUGCUUGGGAGGCCUAAGACAUCCUUGUGAACGCUGUUGGGAACUAUUUUUAGCCAACAGAGCCUCGC